UUUUUUUUUUUUUUGAGACGGAGUCUUGCUCUGUCGACAGACUGGGGUGCAAUGGUGAGAUCUCGGCUCAUUGCAGCCUCUGCCUCCUGGGUUCAAGUGAUUCUCCUGCCUCAGCCUCCCAAGUAGCUGGACUACCGCUCAGCUAAUUUUUGUAUUUUUAGUAGAGAUGGGGUUUCACCCUGUUGGCCAGGCUGGUCUCGAACUCCUGACCUCAGGCCAUCAGCCUGCCUCGGCCUUCCAAAGUGCUGGGAUUACAGGCAUGAACCACUGUGCCCAGCCUAAUUUUGGCUAAUUUUUCAGUGGUAACAGUAUCUGGCCAGUCACACAUAAAAAUGUACAUACAUUUAUAGAUAUAUAUACACACAUAAUAAGAAACUAAACAGGGAAAUAAAUCUUCAGUAGACCUAGAUCUUUUAGUUAAAAUUUAUGGACAUAAAAUGCUCUUAAUUUCUUACCUUCGUGUCUUUUAUUCAUAUGGCUUUCCCAUUUCUAACAAGCCUCAUCUGGCUUGUAUAUUUAUUUUCCACAUAUACUUACAAAGGUAUAGGUUGGUGAAGUAAAAUGCUGUCUGUGCAUUAAUGUGGUUUUCUCAUUUCAGCGACUUAGGUAGUUUUUUCAGGAGUUCUGGAUGAGACACUGAAAAUCUGUUAGUCAUUGGGCCAUGUAAUGGAAGCAGCUACGUAUAAACAUUUAGCUUCUCUGAGCCUGAGUUUUCUUGUAAAAAGAUAUUUUUCCAGCUCUCAAUUAUAUCCUAUGAAUACAGGAUUUAUAGGAUCGUGUCUUUUUUUUUUUUUUUUGGGAAAAUUCUGCCUAGAGGACUUUUGACGUUAUUUCAUUCAUGCUUUUAUGUGGAGAUUUAUUUUCACAAAAGAAUAAAUGUUGCAUUAAAAAGUAGACUUAAUUCACCCUGUAAUACCUUACAUGUAUGAACAUUUGGUACAUUAUUUUUGUGAUAGCUCUUUGAGGGAAAGACAGGGUAAAUAUGACUUUUGAAAGUUGAGGAAGCUAACACUGAAGCGUAUAUUUUCUUAUAUUCUGAGGAGGAAAACUAUCAAGCUCUCAUUAGUCCACAAAGCAUUAUUCCAAGUUAUUCCCAAAUUUCCCUAAAUUACCAUGUUAAUGCAUGAAUUGGGAGUUAACCUGAAUCACAUAGAUGUUAGCUAAUACAUGAAUCUACUUUUGUGGGAGUAACUCCAUUUUAAAAAGUUUUAGAAUAGGUGUUCAUUUAUUCUAAGUUUCUUAGUUUUGAAAUUCUAGUCAAAAUUCUCAAUGCUAAUAGAUGAAUGAACCUGAUAAGUAAAUACAAAACAGUCUAACUGCUAAACCAACCUAGAUUUUAUUUAUGUUGAUAAUUGUUCUCUAACAAUUACAGGACCACCAUAUAGUCCAAAAUAGCAUCGGUGUUCUGAUUACCAAUGACUCUCCUCAAGUAAGCUGUCUUUAGGCUGAAAGUCCACAUAUUUAAUUAUCAGUAAAGCAUUUUAUUGCAUCUUUUCUAGUGAGCUUGGUGGUUUUGGAAUGAUACCUCUUUUAAGUACAGUCUCUGUUGUACUCAGGCUGGAGUGCAGUGGCGCUAUCUCGGCUCACUGCAACCUCCGCCUCCCGGUUUCAGGUGAUUCUCCCACCUUAGUCUCCCAAGUAGCUGGGAUUACAGCCACCACGCCUGGCUAAUUUUUCGUAUUUUAAAUAGAAACUAGGUUUCACCAUAUUGGCCAGGCUGGUCUCAACUCCCGCCUCAGGUGAUCACCUGCCCGCCUCGGCCUCCUAAAGUGCUGUGAUUACAGGCAUGAGCCACUGCGCCCGGCCUCUCCUCUCUUUUUAAGAGUUGUUCACAGGAUACCAGUGUCCCCAUAUGAAAAUUAUAUAUUUUAAAGAUUUAACCCCUAUGGCAUUUAUUACAUUCACUUAACCUUGAAAAAUCUUGGCAAUUUGCCAAGUUAUCUCAUCUUCCAUCCUUACCUGUUCUUAUUUUCCUUUUUCCCUGUAUACGUGUUUCCUUGAUCACACCUACAUUACAGUCCCAUAUCACAUCUGUGUGGACUCCUCUUUUAGUGUCAGGGCUUGCUUGAUGUCUGUUACGUGCAGUUCUGCAUUUCAGCUGUCUCCUGAACACAUUCAAGUGCUCUUCUCCAUCAGCAACUGUCUCAUUAAUUUCUCACUUCAUAUCCAGUCACAUUUGAUCAUUUACUUGAAGAGGCCUGAAAUGUCCUCUCUAUCCAGGUACUGCCAGUCCUUUAGGAAGUUCAGAUCUGGCAUAACUCCUUAUAAAUAAGUUAAACUACUAAGUGGCACAUUUAAUUUUGCUAGUUCUCUACAUCUAGCUCCAGAGUCUAUGACAGUAUUGUCAAAUAGAAAUGAAAUGCAAACCACAUAUGUAAUUUAAAGUUUUAUAGUUUGGCCCCAGUUCAUCCUUCUAGUGUAAUUUUCCAUUAAUACUGUCUAAAGAAACUGCCCGCCUUGUGUUUCUUUGGCUCAUCUCACAGCUUCUGAUGUCUUGAAUUCUGCCCCAUUUUCUUCAACCAAAAUAGGUUAAAAUCAUCCUACUAACAGGCACAUUAGAACUACCAACAUCGUAUCCCUGAGGAACAAGUACAGUUUGGAGAACAUUAAGAUAAAAGUCUUGGCUUUGCCUUCUGGGGCAAAUAAGGCUAUUAGCUGAUUUUUCUUCUUUUCUUGGUUUUGUUUUUUUGAGACGGAGUCUGGCUCUGUCACCCAGACUGGAGUGCAAUGGUGCAAUCUUGGCUGACUGCAACCUCUGCCUCCUGGGUUCAAGCGAUCUUCAGCCUCAGCCUCAUGAGUAGCUGGGAUUACAGGCACGUGCCACCAUGCCCGGCUAAUUUUUGUAUUUUUUAGUAGAGACAGUUUUGCCAUGUUGGCCAGGCUGGUCUCAAACUCCUGACCUCAAGUGAUCCGCUCGCCUCAGCCUUUCAAAGUGCUGUGAUUACAGGCAUGUGCCACUGUGCCCAGCCUUUAUUGUGGUAUAGGUUUGUGAUAUAAAAAAUUUAUCAGCCUCGCUUAAAGGUAACUUCAGGAGCAAAAGUAUACUUUUUUUUUUUUGAGACAGGUCUUGCUCUGUUGCCCAGGCUGGGUUGAAGUGGCACCAUCUCGGCUCUCUGCAGCCUCGACCUCUGGGGCUCAAGGGAUCCUCCCACCUCAGCCUGGGACCACAGGUGUUUGCCACCACACCCGGCUAAUUUUUUUUGUUUUUUUGAGGCGGAGUCUUGCUCUGUCGCCCAGGCUGAAGUGCAGUGGCAUGAUAUCAGUUCACUGCAACCUCCGCCUCCUGAGUUAAGGUGAUUCUCCUGCCUCAGCCUCUCGAGUAGCUGGGAAUGUAGGCACGCACCAGCAUGCCUGGCUAAUUUUUGUAUUUUUAGGAAAGAUGAGGUUUCACCAUGUUGCCGAGGCUGGUCUGGAACUCCUGACCUCAAGUGAUCUGCCCGUCUCAGCCUCCCAAAAUGCUGGGAUUACAGGCAUGCGCCACUGUGCUUGGCCCCUAAUUUUUUUUGUUGAUUUUUUUCAUGUAGAGAGGUUUCACCAUGUUGCCUAGGCUGAAAGCCACAGUUUUAAAACAUCUGAUGUCAUUUGAAAAUCUGAUAUUUCUAUGCUUUGCAAUAGCAGGAAACUUCAGAAUCAUUUAAAUUAUUACUGCUACCCUUACAAUUUUUUUUGGCAGUGUGUAUCUGGUAAUUACAAUCUUCUUUCCUCCACCAUGGUAAGUAAUAGUUUAUUACGUUGCUUUACAUAGUAGAAAACACGAUGGAACUUGGCAGAGGCUGAAGAGUAAAUAGAUUUAAGCCAAUUUAAAAAUAAUUAUGUUAACAUUUGAAAACUCAGUACUUGCAAGGGACUAUCUAGAUAGGGAUAUUUGUCCUAGGUGUCUUAACUCUGAAGCAGCUUAAAUGCCCCACAAAAAUUGCUCUAGUUCUGCCAUCAGUGUUUCUGUGAGCAUUCUUAAAGCUUUCUUUUUAGCCACAAGAAUAACUGAAAGCUGAUGUUUUUAACUAUAUAUAAGCAUUUUUUUGUUGUUUUUAACUAAAAAUAGAAGUGAUAGAACUGUUCUCUGAACAUCUGGGGACAGCAGAGUUCUUAAUUGUCUUGAGUACUUAAGGGUAUAUCUUGAAUUGUUUCACAAAAUUGACUAUAGGACAUAAUGCUAAAAAUUCAGACUGUUUUAGAAUCUUGUGUUCAUAUGAGUUAUGAAAAAUUCAAAUAGUAACUGUCUUUGAAUAUAUAAGGGAAAUUUUACAAUUAAAAAUUUUCAAAAUUAUUCAAGAUUUAUACUUAGAUAUAUUAUGUUGAGUUUAUUUUCUGGAAUCAGCUUGCCAAAAGAGGAAAAGUUUAUUUUUAGUGAAGGUAAAAAUUGAUUUUAAUUAUUUGGUAGCAACCCUUACUAGUAGAAUAAGAGCUGAAGUACCAAUAUUAGUGAUUUUCACAGUUCUGAACCAAGCCUGGUUGCCUGGUGGUUUUUAGGACAACAGUGAAGAGCUUUAAUUUUUAUGUUUUGGGAAAUAGCUUCUGAGAGGUAAGAAGGAUUGCAAAGUUUUUCCAAAAUAUUUUAUGAAGUUAGUGAAGUCAGUUGAAAUGUGUAUUUAAACAUUUGAAGGGAUAUAGUUAACAUUUUUUUAAUGAGAGGAAACCACUGUCUGUAGUUCAGAAAUAAGAUGGAGUGUUUUACUUACUUAAGGGGUAAUUUAAAAAGUAAACAAAAGCAUUGGCCUACAAGAGAAAGGUGAUGUUGGAUUAUAAGUGCUUUUUCUAAUCGUUAAUAUUCAUCAACAGGUGAGUAUAUUUUCCGUUUCCAAGCAGUUAUUAAUUUACAUUUUCUCAAAUUAUAAGUAGCUUCCUGCUUCUCCAAAAGUGAGGCUUAAGAGGAUGGCUAUUUCAUCAUAAAUUAGAAAAACGACUACAAAUAUGAAAUGGUUGAUUUUUUGGUACUAAGAUAAUGAGACCAUCCAGAAUUUUAUGAUCAAAACAUGGCUUUUACCCAGGGAGUAUCUGUAGUUGAGCCACUGGCUCUAUAACAUUGUUAGUUCUUUGUAUCUUCCCAGUGGAGGUUUUACCUCAUGGCCAUAAAAAUAAAAGAGGGUUAAAUGUGAAAAUAACUGCAUUUUGAACAUCUCAGACCCUCCACUCGUAAAAAUUACUUAAUGUUCCUCUUCCUUGAAUUACAUAUUUUCCAUUGUAAUAAAUUCCUGUUUUGAAAACCAAGGAAAGGAACAUUUUUUGAAGAAAGCAGUUCAGUGGCCUCUAACAGGUUUAUCGAGAGGUUGAUAUGUAGGGAUAGGUUGUGGGGGAGAAGAGGGUGCUAUGAAAUGUAAAAUUAAGGAUGUAAAAAUAACAUUAGGGGUGCCACAAAAGGUGAAAUAUAAACCAUGAUCAUUUGAGACAAGGGAAAAACAGGGCUUUGAAAAUGCCUGUCAUGUGAUAGGAGGCAUCUGUAAGGGAGAGACUGAAAUGGCUCCCAGGGGUAGUAUAUCCAUCCUCUUCCCGAUACACCUGUGCCAUACAAAUAAUGACCCUCAACACGUUAAAAUGUGGUUUACAUUCAGGGUCAUUAGAGUUUAGGCCUAAUUUCUGCAAUUCAGGUAUUCAUCAUUACCUUGCAAACUUACUGUACCAACAUAAAAAGCAUUUUGCUGGUGUGGCGGGGAGAAUCAGGUUAAAUUAAGUAGAAGCAUUUUGGAAACUUUGCCUAGUACUUCAUGACUUUUGAAAAUUAUAAGUGAAAACAGAGAUAAGUCCUAUUCUUCGCUCACAUUAUUUCCCACAGGCCUUUCCAGAUCCUUGUAGCUAAAAAUUUCCCUUUUACCAUUAACUGUCAUUAAAAAAAAAAAAAUACAGUCUUUAUGUAUAAAACCGCUGCCCUUUAUAACAUUUUAUGUGACUUGUUUGCUUCCCUAGACUGUAAGCCUUUGGAGGUCAGAAAAAAAUGCAUCUAAAUGUAUCUGCCACCACAUCUAGCACAGUGCCUUACACUUAUUUGCUAUUCAAUAAAUAUAUUCAUUAAAAUAAUGGACAUAUUACUGGAUUGCAGUUUAAUGUCUAUGAGCCCUUUAAAUGCAUUAUCAAAUUUUUAACUUUUUAUAGUUUGUCAGUGUACACCUAGCACAUAUGUGACCUUUGUAGCAUUUAUAAAAGAUUUACACAUUUAAUUGUACUGGCUCUCCACAGCUAGCAGAGUCUAUAACAGUACAGUGUAGUAGAAAUAUAAUGCAAGCUACAUAUGUAAUUUUAAGGUUUCUAGCUACAUUAAAGUAAAAAUAACUUUUAGGGAAUUAUUUCCAAAACAUUUAAUAUGUAAUUGCCUUAAAACUAAUUUUAAUUUACAUUUAAAUACAGUUUUCAUGGUAAGUCUUUGAAAUGUGAUAGGUACUUUACACAUCACAACAAGCCACAUUUCAAGUGCUCACUGGCCACAUGUGGCUACUGACUAUUGUACUGGACAGUGCAGAUGUAGAACUUUAGCGUAGGCAGUCAGCCUUUCUGGACCUCAGUUUUCCUAGAAAUCAGGUAUUUAAUAUGUCAUUUUCAUUUUAGGUUGUUGUAAUCCAAAUAAAAGCUAAUUGGUUUAGCUCAUUAUUGUCAUGUUCAUAAAGCCAUAAAAUUUGAAACAAAAUUUUUGUCUUAAGCAUUGUACAGAGAUAUUUAAGAGGCACUUUCCAACUUUCCACCCAUUUUAGCCCCCACCCCCCACCUCAGUUUUAUGAAAAUAGCUCUGUUUUAGAGUUGAGGUAGGAGUGAGAUCAAGUUAAUCUUGCUAACAUGUUGCUAGUAGGAGAUAGAGCUAGUUUCAGAACCAGGGUUGGUUGAUUGUGGAUAUUCCAUAUAACCUCUUGAAAGUUCAGAACUUAACAAGGUUGGGGAAAAAAUUUCGAGCUCUGUGUGUGUAAAGGUGGGUUCUAGACCAUAGGCUAAAGACAUUUAAUGAAAUAAAGGUUAUUUCCUUAGAUGAGGUCCGUAGUGACAGAAAUUGAAUUAUGUUUCAUGCUUUAGGUGUGGAAAUUCUCUGCCAUAACGAAUUUCCUUAUGGCUGAAGUUUAUUACAUUUUUUUCCUUUUCUAAUCAUAAGAGCAAUUUGGAAAUUUAAAUUAUCUAUUGUCCAGUUAACUUAUUCUAAUUGCCUCUAAGAAAUCAGAUGGGAAAGAAGUCUUUUAAUUGGAUGUUGUAGUGAUGUCUGAUUUGAACAGAACUCAAAACAUUUUGUCUUUAAAAUAUACUCCCUCUUGGUGAAAAGAGUAAUUUCAAAAUAAGGCUUUAAAAGGAAGCAAAAGUUUUAAACAAAAUAAAAGGCAACAUAAUUUACCAGACAGGUUAAUAACUUACAUUAUUUGUCAUGAGAUUAGUUUUUUAAAAAGUAAUUUACAAAAGUGUAAAGCACUCAAGUCCAUAGGAGGCACUUGAUACAUGUAGAUCCACUCAACAUACACCUAUUUUAGUAUAAACAGAUAAUUCAAAGACGCUUAAAAACUGCCAAAGUGAAAUUAAUAAAUGUUUAAAUAUGUACCUAGAAACAUUAAAAAGUGGUAAGCUUUCCAAUGAUGUUACACUGUAGUCUUUUAAAUGGUUUAGUCACAAACAGAAAAGUAUAUUUGUGAUGUUUAGACAAUAAUAGCUAAUCGUGAGGAUCAGUGAAAUUGUUUACUUUUAUACACCACUGUGGAGUUGGUACCACCAUUCUACAAAGCAGUUUGACUGUAUCAAGAAUGUUUGUUUUUACCCUUUGACCCAGUAAUUGUAUUAAAGUUGAUUCUAAAUAAUUAGAAAUGUGCAUAGGUUUAUCAUCAAGGAUGGUAAUAUCAAUGGACUUUAGUGGUUAGCAAUAAUGGAACAGGAUGGUACAUUUUGAUAAAGGAUAAUAAUGCAUCAUUAAAGAUCCAUGUUUUUGUAAUACGGGAAAAUAUUCAUUAAACUACAUACAUCAUUAAAAAACAUUUGUUUCCCCACUUUGAAGGAUAAGAUCCUAGGAAAGAGAGAUGACAGGCGCAGGCUCUGUCUUUAGAACGUGUUCAAAUCCCGGCUUUGUUAGUUUUAUGAUCCUAAGUUCCUUUCUGUCUCAGUAAUUUGCCUGUAUAAUGAUUGAAACUAUAGUACUGUACCUACACCAUGGGGUGAAUGCAUGAAGGUCCAAUGAAAGUGCUUAGUGUCUGUACCGCCUAAGUAAAUUUUCGCGAUAAUAGUCUUCCUGCAUCUCUCAUUGUAGCGGACAAUACAGAAAAAAACAUUUAGUAAAGGGAAAACCCCAUGAGAGACUAUAAGAGGGAUUUUACCUAAUCUGCAAACCUGCGUCUUCCAAGCACUUGGAUUUUGGUUGGGCUCCUGGAGCCGGCGUGAAUUGAGUUCUACCCUUGCCCGUGAGCGCGCAAAAGAGAUUUUGUUGGUGGGGUGGCGGCCUGGUGAGUUGUAGUCUUUAUUCUAGGGCUGUUUUACUCGCCACUCCCCCAGCCCCCAACACACCCCUUUUAAAAUACCGACUCAAAGGCGUCCUCCUAUCCCCCUCUCCCUUAGGCGUCACGCAAAGCUCGGACCUGCUCCCACCCGGAGCCGAGUGUACGGUGAGGCGCGGAGCGUUGCGGGGUCGGGGAAGCGCUACCACCCGCUCCAUCCCUCUGCGGAUUCGUGUCACGAAGACUACAGCUCCCAGCGGGCUCCACGAGCUCCGGUUACCCCUCAGGCAGCGCCCGGCGGCUACGGGGGUGCUGUAGUUUCUUCCGGGCUCCCUACAACCUUCUUCCCUCUCCUCCGCAAUACAGGCAGUUACCGGGUGCUGGGGCUGUCCUUUGAUUUCCGGAAAUGGCCGGUCGCCAGUGUUGUCAGAGUUUCCACGGAAGACUGCGCGCUACUCCGGCCAGGAGGGCGGAGCGGCGAGACGCUAGAGGCUUUGCGCUGGGUGACGACUUCAGGUAUAUUCAUAUUUUAAUGAUCUUCUGGUCAUUUGUUGCUGGAGUUGUCACAUUCUACUGCUCACUAGGACCUGAUUCUCUCUUACCAAAUAUAUUCUUCACAAUAAAAUACAAACCCAAGCAGUUAGGACUUCAGGAAUUGUUUCCUCAAGGUCAUAGCUGUGCUGUUUGUGGUAAAGUGAAAUGUAAACGACAUAGGCCUUCUUUGCUACUUGAAAACUACCAGCCAUGGCUAGACCUGAAAAUUUCUUCCAAGGUUGAUGCAUCUCUCUCAGAGGUUCUUGAAUUAGUGUUGGAAAACUUUGUUUAUCCGUGGUACAGGGAUGUGACAGAUGAUGAAUCCUUUGUUGAUGAACUGAGAAUAACAUUACGUUUUUUUGCAUCUGUCUUAAUAAGAAGGAUUCACAAGGUGGAUAUUCCAUCUAUUAUAACCAAGAAACUAUUAAAAGCAGCAAUGAAGCAUAUAGAAGUGAUAGUUAAAGCCAGACAGAAAGUAAAAAAUACAGAGUUUUUACAGCAAGCUGCUUUAGAAGAAUAUGGUCCAGAGCUUCAUGUUGCUUUGAGAAGUCGAAGAGAUGAAUUGCACUAUUUAAGGAAACUUACUGAACUGCUUUUUCCUUAUAUUUUGCCUCCUAAAGCAACAGACUGCAGAUCUCUGACCUUACUUAUAAGAGAGAUUCUGUCUGGCUCUGUGUUCCUUCCUUCUUUGGAUUUCCUAGCUGAUCCAGAUACUGUGAAUCAUUUGCUUAUCAUCUUCAUAGAUGACAGUCCACCUGAAAAAGCAACUGAACCGGCUUCUCCUUUGGUUCCAUUCUUGCAGAAAUUUGCAGAACCUAGAAAUAAAAAGCCAUCUGUGCUGAAGUUAGAACUGAAGCAAAUCAGAGAGCAACAAGAUCUUUUAUUUCGUUUUAUGAACUUUCUGAAACAAGAAGGCGCAGUGCAUGUGUUGCAGUUUUGUUUGACUGUGGAGGAAUUUAAUGAUAGAAUUUUACGACCAGAAUUAUCAAAUGAUGAAAUGCUGUCUCUUCAUGAAGAAUUGCAGAAGAUUUAUAAAACAUACUGUUUGGAUGAAAGUAUUGACAAAAUUAGAUUUGAUCCCUUCAUUGUAGAAGAGAUUCAAAGAAUUGCUGAAGGCCCAUACAUAGAUGUUGUGAAACUUCAAACUAUGAGAUGUCUUUUUGAAGCGUAUGAACAUGUUCUUUCCCUUUUGGAGAAUGUAUUUACUCCUAUGUUCUGCCAUAGUGAUGAGUAUUUCAGACAACUUUUAAGAGGUGCAGAAUCACCAACACGCAAUUCAAAAUUGAACAGAGGUAGCCUAAGUUUGGAUGAUUUUCGGAACACACAGAAAAGGGGAGAAUCAUUUGGAAUCAGCAGAAUAGGUAGCAAAAUUAAAGGAGUAUUCAAAAGUACCACAAUGGAGGGGGCUAUGUUGCCUAAUUAUGGUGUAGCUGAAGGUGAAGAUGAUUUUAUUGAAGAAGGUAUUGUUGUAAUGGAAGAUGAUUCUCCAGUGGAGGCUGUGAGCACACCUAAUACUCCCCGAAACCUUGCUGCAUGGAAAAUUAGCAUUCCAUAUGUAGACUUUUUUGAGGAUCCCUCCUCUGAAAGGAAGGAGAAAAAAGAAAGAAUUCCUGUGUUUUGUAUUGAUGUUGAAAGAAAUGAUAGAAGAGCAGUUGGACACGAGCCUGAACAUUGGUCUGUCUAUAGAAGAUAUCUUGAAUUCUAUGUACUUGAAUCAAAACUAACAGAAUUUCAUGGUGCAUUUCCUGAUGCCCAGCUUCCUUCUAAGAGGAUCAUUGGCCCCAAAAAUUAUGAAUUCUUAAAGUCAAAGAGGGAAGAGUUCCAAGAAUAUCUACAGAAACUUCUGCAGCAUCCAGAACUGAGUAAUAGUCAACUUCUGGCAGACUUUCUUUCCCCUAAUGGUGGGGAAACACAAUUUCUUGAUAAGAUACUACCAGAUGUAAAUCUUGGGAAAAUUAUAAAAUCUGUUCCUGGAAAACUAAUGAAAGAGAAAGGUCAGCAUUUGGAACCUUUUAUCAUGAAUUUCAUUAAUUCUUGUGAAUCUCCAAAGCCUAAACCGAGUAGACCAGAACUGACCAUUCUCAGCCCUACUUCAGAAAACAACAAGAAGCUUUUCAAUGAUCUGUUUAAAAAUAAUGCAAACCGUGCUGAAAAUACAGAGAGAAAGCAAAAUCAGAAUUAUUUUAUGGAGGUGAUGACUGUAGAAGGAGUCUAUGAUUACCUGAUGUAUGUAGGACGGGUAGUUUUCCAGGUUCCUGACUGGCUUCAUCAUCUCUUAAUGGGAACUCGAAUCCUCUUUAAAAACACCCUGGAAAUGUAUACUGAUUACUAUCUUCAGUGUAAACUAGAACAGCUAUUUCAGGAGCACCGUUUGGUCUCACUCAUAACACUUCUCAGAGAUGCUAUAUUCUGUGAAAACACUGAACCUCGCUCUCUCCAAGAUAAGCAAAAAGGAGCAAAACAGACUUUUGAAGAAAUGAUGAAUUACAUUCCAGAUCUGUUAGUCAAGUGUAUUGGUGAAGAAACCAAGUAUGAAAGCAUUAGACUUCUGUUUGAUGGCUUACAGCAACCAGUACUCAACAAGCAGCUGACUUAUGUUUUAUUGGACAUUGUGAUACAGGAACUGUUUCCAGAGCUCAAUAAGGUACAAAAGGAAGUUACCUCUGUGACAUCUUGGAUGUAAACACUUGGAUUUGGUAUAGAAUAACCCAUUGAAAUUUCUGCUGUGCGAGGGUGGUAGAAAUUUACUUUUUUGGGUAUAUUCUUAUAUAUAUUAUGUACAUCGCUGUCUGAAAUUUUAGUUAUUUUUUGUUUUUAAUAAAGACUAACACAAACUUAAUAAUGAUUAAAA